AUGGCGACUCGUGAUUACACUACUUUCCAUUUUCCUCUUCUAAAGAAAGAGAAUUAUGAAAAAUGGUGCCUUCGCAUGAAAGCAUUGCUUGGCUCUCAAGAUGUAUGGGAGAUUGUUGAAAAAGGCUAUGAUGAGCCACAAGAUGAAGAGGGAUUGUCUCAAGUUGCGAAGGAGGCUUUGGCAAAAACAAGGAAGAAGGAUCAACAAGCUCUUACUCUCAUUCAUCAAUGUUUGGAUGAUUCUAUGUUUGAGAAGGUUGUCGAUGCUACAAAUUCAAUGGAAGCUUGGAAUAUUUUGGAAAAAUCACUCCAAGGCAUUGACAAGGUGAAGAAGAUAAGACUUCAAUCUCUAAGAGGAGAUUUCGAAGCUUUGAAUAUAAAGGAUUCCGAAUCAAUUUCAGAUUAUUGCUCAAGGAAGAAGACAAUUGUUAAUCAAAUGAAGAGAUAUGGAGACAAGAUAAAAGAUAUUCGUGUAGCGGAGAAAACUAUUCGUUCCUUGACUCCUAAGUUUGAUGAUGUGGUAUGUGUUAUUGAGAAAUCGAAAGAUCUUGACUCAAUGUCCAUUGAGGAAUUAGAAGGUUCAUUGCAAGCUCAAUAA